AUGUUCGAUCCGGCCGGCGCUGGCCCGCCGAGCAGCCUGCCGAGCAGCCUCCCCUCGCCGCCGUCGCGCGGCGCCGUCGCCGCCCCUCCCGGCACCCUCCCAUCGCCGACCGGCAUGCCUCUGCCGGCCCCUGGCGGCAUGGCGGCUGCCCCUGGCGGCAUGGCGGCUGCCCCUGGCGGCAUGGCGGCUGCCCCUGGCGGCAUGGCGGCUGCCCGCCCCAGCGCGCUGCCAGCGCCUGCCGGCGGGCUGCCCGCACCGCCACAGCGCGGCGCCCCGACGGAGCUGCUCCCGCUGGCAUGGGAGUGCCGCCGCAGGGCGCGGCCGGAGGACUGCCCGGCAUGA